CGUGGGCCCGGGCUGGGGUCCUUCGAAGUGGUGUUUUCGUCAAAGAUGGCGGACGCGAACCCCGGGUGCUAAAUGACCGUCAGGAACCUCGCCUCCAUCUGUACAAUGGGCGCUAAUGCCUCUGCUUUGGAGAAAGAGAUUGGUCCUGAGCAGUUUCCUAUCAAUGAGCACUACUUCGGCCUGGUAAACUUCGGCAACACGUGCUACUGCAACUCGGUCCUGCAGGCGUUAUACUUCUGCAAGCCGUUCCGGGAGAAGGUGCUCGACUACAAGGUGCAGCCCAAGAAGAAGGAGAACCUCCUGACGUGCCUCGCCGACCUCUUUCACAGCAUCGCGACGCAGAAGAAGAAAGUGGGCGUCAUCCCGCCAAAGAAAUUCAUUUCCCGCCUGCGCAAGGAGAACGAACUCUUCGACAACUACAUGCAACAGGAUGCUCACGAGUUCCUCAACUACCUUCUCAACACCAUCGCCGACAUCCUGCAGGAGGAGAAGAAGCAGGAGCGGCAGAACGGCAAGCUCAAGAACGGCGUCGCCGCCGCCGCCGCCGCCGCCGACGGUGACGACAGCACCAAGACGGAGCCCACGUGGGUGCACGACAUCUUCCAGGGCACGCUCACCAACGAGACGCGCUGCCUCAACUGCGAGACGGUGAGCAGUAAAGAUGAAGACUUUCUGGAUCUGUCAGUAGAUGUUGAACAAAACACAUCCAUCACACACUGUCUAAGAGGCUUCAGUAACACCGAGACACUCUGCAGCGAAUAUAAAUACUACUGCGAACAAUGCUGCAGUAAGCAAGAAGCGCAGAAAAGGAUGCGUGUGAAGAAGCUGCCCAUGAUCUUGGCCCUGCACCUCAAGCGCUUCAAGUACAUGGAGCAGCUGCACCGGUACACGAAGCUCUCGUACCGCGUGGUGUUUCCGCUCGAGCUGAGGCUAUUCAACACGUCCGGCGAUGCCACCAACCCCGACCGCAUGUACGACCUGGUAGCGGUGGUCGUCCACUGUGGCAGCGGCCCCAAUCGGGGCCAUUACAUCACAAUAGUGAAGAGCCAUGGCUUCUGGUUGCUGUUUGACGAUGAUAUAGUAGAGAAAAUCGACCCGCAGGCCAUCGAAGAGUUUUAUGGGCUCACAACGGACGUGUCGAAAAACUCAGAAUCGGGAUACAUCCUCUUUUACCAGUCGAGGGAAUGAGGAUUUGGGGAGUCGGGGUGUGGGAGAUUGCGGCUAUCCGUCAGCCGUUGACACUCUCGAGAUGACAGGAUGCCUAACAACAUCAACACAAACCCGCUGUGUCCACGCACGUGCUCUUUGGCACUGACGGCGUUCGCGCUUGCUGCGGUCUCCCUCCCCUCCGCCGCCGCCCCUCCGGGUUCAACGCCGGGUCGCGCACAGGCGGCACAAGCAAGCUGUCCACUUCGACUCGGAUAACUUUUAUAACCCCGCUCAUCUCCAGCAGCAGCAGCA